CGGCCCCUCCACUGCGCUGGCCCGACGCGCAGAGAGGGAGGUCUCAUUCUGCUCCGAAGAUCCUCCAGGAGAUGUGAACACGAAACCGGCCGUCUGAGUGUUAAAGUGGCUCCAGUGUUAGCGGGAGAAUUCAGGAGUCGCUACAGCUUUUUAAACUCACUUCUUUGGGGAUAAGGACGCUUUGUUUGCGGUGUUCCUGGAGGUUAUUGGAGCCCUGUCCACAUCCGGGCCACCCCGCCGGGACUCCAUGAUGGUCUGAACCGGCGAGGAGCUCCUGAACCCGGGCGCCCCGACGCUUCAUCUACUGGUAUCAGAUACUGGUCCUCACCGAGGCUGGGAGUCGAAGGAGAUGUCGAACCAAGGAGUCCGGCGGACCGGGCCCGUGAAGCUCCGUCUUACAGUGCUCUGCGCCAAAAACCUGGUGAAGAAGGACUUCUUCCGUCUCCCGGACCCCUUCUCCAAGGUGGUGGUGGAUGGGUCGGGCCAGUGCCACUCCACCGACACCGUCAGGAACACCCUGGACCCCAAAUGGAACCAGCACUAUGACCUGUACAUCGGUAAGGCGGACUCCAUCACCAUUAGUGUGUGGAACCACAAGAAGAUCCACAAGAAGCAGGGGGCGGGCUUCCUGGGCUGCGUGCGGCUGCUGUCCAACGCCAUCAACCGCCUCAAGGACACGGGCUACCAGAGGCUGGACCUGAACAAGCUGAGCCCCAGCGACAGUGACACGGUGCGGGGACAGAUAGUGGUGAGCCUCCAGUCCCGAGACAGGAUUGGCAGCGGGGGGCCGGUGGUGGACUGCAGCCAGCUGUUUGACAACGACCUGCCAGACGGCUGGGAGGAGAGGAGGACGGCGUCCGGGCGGAUCCAGUACCUGAACCACAUCACACGGACCACCCAGUGGGAGCGCCCCACCAGGCCGGCCUCAGAGUACUCCAGCCCGGGCCGGCCCCUCAGCUGCAUCGUGGACGAGAACACGCCCAUCAGCGCCAACGGGGCCACGCCCACCGCCGUGGCGCCGCCCACAGAGCAGCGCGCCCAGGAGAGGCGAGUCCGGUCGCAGCGCCACCGCAACUACAUGAGCAGGACCCACCUGCACGCCCCCCCCGACCUGCCCGAGGGAUACGAGCAGCGGACCACGCAGCAGGGACAGGUGUACUUCCUCCACACGCAGACAGGGGUCAGCACCUGGCACGACCCCCGGGUCCCCAGGGACCUGAGUAACGUGAACUGUGAGGAGUUGGGUCCGCUGCCCCCUGGCUGGGAGAUCCGGAACACGGCCACGGGGCGGGUCUACUUUGUGGACCACAACAACCGAACCACUCAGUUCACCGACCCGCGCCUCUCCGCCAACCUGCACCUCGUUCUCAACCCGGAGCCCUGUCCAAGUCCCAACGGAUCCCGAGGGAGCAUCGAGACCCAGAACAUCAGCCGUCACAGCGCGCUGAAGGAGCUGCCCCCCACCCCCCCAGCGCUGCUGUCCCCCAGCCUGCUGCCGGCCCCCAGCCUGCUGCCCCUGGAGGAGGCCGAGUGCCUCACGGUGCCGCGCUACAAGAGGGACCUCGUCCACAAGCUGAAGAUCCUGAGACAGGAGCUGGGCCACCAGCAGCCGCAGGGCGGGCACUGCCGCAUCGAGGUGUCCCGGGAGGAGAUCUUUGAGGAGUCUUACCGGCAGGUGAUGAAGAUGAGGCCGAAGGACCUGUGGAAGAGGCUGAUGGUGAAGUUCCGCGGGGAGGAGGGGCUUGACUAUGGAGGCGUGGCCAGGGAGUGGCUGUACCUGCUGUCCCAUGAGAUGCUGAACCCGUACUACGGCCUGUUCCAGUACUCCAGAGACGACAUCUACACACUGCAGAUCAACCCAGACUCUGCUGUCAACCCGGAGCACCUGUCGUACUUCCACUUCGUGGGGCGCAUCAUGGGCGUGGCAGUGUUCCACGGCCACUACAUCGAUGGCGGCUUUACGCUGCCCUUCUACAAGCAGCUGCUGGGGAAGCCCAUCACCCUGGAGGACAUGGAGGCUGUGGACCCCGACCUGCACAAUAGCCUCAUCUGGAUCCUGGACAACGACAUCACGGGCGUGCUGGACCACACCUUCUGCGUGGAGCACAGCGCGUACGGCGAGAUCAUCCAGCACGAGCUGAAGCCCAACGGCAAGAACGUGGCAGUCAGCCAGGACACCAAGAAGGAGUAUGUUCGUCUCUACGUUAACUGGCGCUUCCUGCGCGGCAUCGAGGCGCAGUUCCUGGCACUGCAGAAGGGCUUCAACGAGGUCAUCCCCCAGCAUCUCCUCAAGGCCUUCGACGAGAAGGAGCUGGAGCUCAUCGUGUGCGGCCUGGGAAAGAUCGACAUCGUGGACUGGAGGUCCAACACGCGGCUGAAGCACUGCACCCCCGACAGCAACGUGGUGAAGUGGUUCUGGAAGGCGGUGGAGUCGUACGACGAGGAGCGCCGCGCCCGCCUGCUGCAGUUCGUCACCGGCUCCUCCAGGGUCCCCCUGCAGGGGUUCAAGGCUCUCCAGGGUGCUGCUGGACCACGCCUCUUCACGCUGCACCAGAUCGACGCCAGCAGCAACAAUCUGCCCAAGGCCCACACCUGCUUCAACCGCAUCGACAUCCCGGCCUAUGAGAUGUACGAGAAGCUGUACGACAAGCUGCUGACCGCCAUCGAGGAGACCUGUGGCUUCGCUGUGGAGUGACA